CAGGGUUUUGAGGAAAACCGAUAAAGCGAGUGGGGUGAGGGGGCUCGAUACCGCGAAUCUGCAAUCUCUCGGAAAGGCGGUGUCGGUGGUUCCCAUCCCUUUCUAGUAGGGUUUCUUUUUCUCUACCUUUCUUCUUCUCCUCCUCCUCUUUUCUUGAUCUCGCUGGGGUUCUGCUUCUUUUCUCUUCUUCGGAUCUCAUCGGCGGCAGUCUCGAGGUUGUGGGUGAUGGAGAAUUGCUGGGAUGUCCUGGAAUGGCUGGGGCCAGACACCUCCACAAGCGUGUUCAUGUGCCUGAACGAUCCGUCUGAUCUCGUGCGAGCCAGUGCUGUGUCCCGAUCCUGGCGCCGAUUUGUUAUUUUAAAUGGUUUUAGCAAAAAUCUGUGCAAAAGAAUUUGCCCGGAGAUAUCAAAUUUUACUCGUGUUAUCGAAGUAAGAAGUUCAGAAAGGUCUGUGGAAGUUGGAUCGAGCAGUGCCAUUGAAUGGGAAAGCCUAGAGAGGGAGCACAAGGUGUACACAAAUUUGAGUUACUGCCUUGUUUCACCCAAGGGCAAAAAGGAUUGCAUUGUUGAUGCCAUUAGUGCUUCUAGCACUGAUAAUUAUCCAGAUGAGCGCAUUGAUAAUACACUGGAACCAAGAGAUCAAGUGGAUACGAGGCCUUCUUACUGGUCAAGUGGAGGACAAGUAGAUCCUGGAGUACCUGAAACUUUAACUUACAGAUUGAUUUCCAGGUUAUGCAUCGUUGAUGAAAUAAAGAUACAGCCGUUUAAAGCAUUCUUUCAGUUUGGUGAUCCCAUAUAUUCAGCAAAAUCUGUGCGUUUUCGGAUGGGUUAUUCCAGACCAUCCCAAGGGACCGGAAGUUGUGUCACAGACGGAUAUGCAAAAAGUCAUGCAGAUGCUGAUGACAACUACAGCUGGAUGUAUGUUUCACCGGAAUUCCCAAUGGUGCAGGAAAAUGUUUUGCAAUCUUUCAAGCUUCCACGCCCGGUUAUCUGUAUAGGUGGAAUAGUGCAGAUUGAGCUGUUAGGUAGAGUCCAGAAACAAGCAAUGGAUAGUUUAUAUUACAUAUGUGUGUGCCAUGUUCAAGUGAUGGGACGCCCACUGUCACCUGUAUUAGAAGUGGACAUCCGUGGAACAGUGGGGAAUUCUGUUUUGAAGUACUUCCCAGAUGCUAGCUUUGGAGAAGAUGAGGCAAGAGAGUCUCGAUGGCAUGCAUUUGCAGCAAGAAUCAGGCAUUUGGGAGCUGGAAGGGGAUGGAAUCUGAACACAUUUUUUGACCCAUAAACGUAUCUGAUGAUGCAGAUGGUCGACAUGAGGAGUCAUUUGCAUGAUUUACUUUGGUAUCAGCUUUAGUAAAAAUCCUUAUCUUCUCGUGUGUUUAGGAUGUAGCAGAUUGCUAAGAGCGUUGCCUCUGGGAUUGCUUAAGUAAUGAGAAGGAACCCGUGCCAAUUUAUUAUGGGGUCUACUAUGUAUAUCGACCAAGAACAUGUUUAAUUGGCUGUUUUGGUUGCUACAGAUUUACCAAUAUGUAGGUCGUUGGAGCCAGAAAAUUGCUAAUUCUGCAACUAGCUUCCUCACAAGCUGGCAAAUUGGCUGGUUUGGUUGUAGUUGUAGGAUGUGUAUUAUCACCGACCCUGAAAUUGGUGAUUCUGCAAGCAGCUUAUACAUAGGCUGGUGAGGUCCUGCUGUGGGAGGUGGGUGCUGCAGCUGUGGAUGCUGGUUUUCUUUGUUAAUGCCGUUGAAGAUGUCUUUUUAGGUAGACAUGCCGUUCGAAUGUAUUGUUGAAAAUGUCUUGGUGUUGUCCUUAAACAGGUGUAAAUUAAGAAGCAGAAGAAACCCUCUCUGAAAGGGGCUGCAUCUUUAGCGUUCCCAAGCCUUUUAUUGCAACGAUGCUAUUAUAUGGAAAUUUUUUUUUAUUUGGAAG